AGUGAGGCCUAUAGUCAGUCAGGCGCGUGCGCGAAGAAGCCAAAGCGGUGAUGGCGGCGGCGGGGCUGAGGAGGGCCGCCCGGGGCGUCCUCCAAGCAGUUUCGCCGGCCUUAUUUCAGCCCCAGCAGCGAGGGCUCCGGUUCUCGGCUCCGCUGGAAACGGUCAUCGUGGAGCGAUGGUGGAAGGUGCCCCUCAGCAAAGUAGGCCGGCAGCCUCGCAUCAAACACCGCCGUUUCCGCGUCUACCGUUUGGUGGAGGACACCAAACAUAGCCCCAAGGAGCCGCUGAAACUCAUCCUGACACAAACCGUGGAGGGUGUUGGGAACCGUGGUGAUGUUGUCUCUGUGGACAAGUCUUUUGGACGCAACAAACUUCUUGCGGAGGACAAAGCUGUGUACGCCUCUCCUGAGAACCUAAAAAUAUUUGAGGAGGAGAAACAACUACGGCUGGAAGGGAAGCUGCCAAAACUCCAGACUCACACCGGUGUAAAGACUGUCCGGUUUCUGCGAAACUGCAACCUCGAGAUUGGUGUGAAUGAGUGUGACCAGUUUGAGCUGACCAAAGAAAUCGUGGCCCGCCAUUUCCUCCGAAACCUCCGGGUUGUGGUGCCUCCGCAUACACUGAAGCUGCCAGAUGAGCCCAUUACGGAACUGGGCGAAUACUGGUGCGAAGUCACGGUGAAUGGCCUCGACACCAUCCGGGUCCCAAUGUCAGUAGUGCAGCACGCAAAGCCCAAGCCCAGAGGUUAUAGGUUCUGGCUAGCCCGGCACAAGCCAGAAACCACACCGGAUCAGUAAUAUUGGAUGCCCCAAGGAGGCUUAUGAGAAGCUCUUCCCAAGCAGGUAAAACAUGGAUACAAUCCAGCUGCCUCUGCAAAAGAACCAGAAGCGGAGCCUGUCAUCAAUGUGGUUUGGACUGGAUCUCUGUGGAGUUUCCCUUAUUUAUCAGGAUGGUAGGGACGCUAACUGAAGGUGGAAGGUGAUGGGUUGCUAUCCAGAACAUUAGAAGAAAACACCAUCUCAUGAGGGACACAUUUUACUUCCAUGAAACAGUCAUACUAGUUUAUAUUCUAUGUGUAUUUUUGUACACACUGCUCCCAAACAACCUGAGAAGGACAAACGUCUUGUGAAUAAAAAUGCACUUGUGUUAAAAA